AUGGAAGCUGCUAUACUUACGAAUUUGGUAGAUAUGAUAUCAGAAGUGCUCAAAGUUGCUAUAACGCACGUAUCAGAUACAUACACUGGUCCCUUCACUGUGGUUAUCUUCUGCGCUGCCGCCUAUGCUAUGGGGUUGAUCCUGCUAGAGUUUCGUGGCAUGUUGAUUUUCGCAAUAGUACUUAUUGCGUUAGGCACAGCCGGGGAAGAACCGACGUCUGAUUUUCUUGAUAGCCAACUGACAAGGGAAGAAGUCAAUAAAAAACGUACUAAAAGUGAGAAGAAACAAGAAGAUAACGACUCGACAGAAGAAAGAAAAUAUGGCCCUGGAUUUUUGUGGCAUUUUGCUGCUUCCUUCAUUGGUGGUGCUAUAGCCAUCUUUUGGUUAGGCAACAGAAGUUGGCCGACAAGGUUCGAAAUUUCUUCUCUUGUUAUGGAAAUUAUGUGUCUAUUAUUCUUCUGGGGAAUUUUUUGGUAUUACCCUGAAUCACAAACUAUGAACAACGGGGAAUCUAGUAACAAGAACGAUGCAGAUGCUGAAAGCGAAGAUAGAGUAGUUGAACCGGCUCGUAAGGAGGAGCAAGUGAGGGACCUGAAGAGCCUUUGUCCUCCUAUCGUGCUCUUAGGGUUCACCUUCAUCGGCUACAGUUUGGUUUUAACUUGUGGCAACACUUAUUUUGUUAUGCAAACAGACCUGUUGGAUUCAAAUAUGGGUGAAUUCGAUGUGCCUAUUAUUGUUUUCUUUGUACUCCAAUCUUCGGUUGCUUCUGUGGUCAGAUUGAUCCAAUCAAGAUAUAAACUGAUGGAACCAAUUCGGAGUAUGGCUGUUGGGAUGUUUUGCUCAAUACUUUGCGUUAUUGCUGCUUGGCUAGUGGAAUGUCGUAGGCUCUGUCUGAUUCAGUUUAUAACAUACCCAUGCGGGAGUAUUUCCUUGAGCAUCUGGUUUUUAACUCCACAGUAUGUGCUGCUAGGACUAAUGGAAGGAUUUGCAGAAUUUGGACUAGAGAGUUUCCUUCAUAAUCAGCUGAUUCCUGAAUCAAUGAGAAAAUUUGUGUACCCGUGCAUUUCAAUGCUGUUCGUGAUCGGAACGUUCUUCAGCAUGCUCGAAGUUUCUACUUGCCAAGUUUCAAGGAAAGGGGGUGUUGGAAGGACCAGCGAGUUCGAACGUGUCCAGGUGAAUAUUGAGAUGGCAUCCUCCUCCAGCUCGGAUGCUCAGCCUGGUGAAGCGGCAAGCCAUGUGAAUCAAGAUCAGCUACGAAGAAGCAAUACGAUCAUAAGGAAGAACUCGCAGCCGAACAGACAGAACAACUAG